AUGCUGGCCGAGAGCUUGUCCUCGGGCUCGAUGGCGUCCAAACUGGCACAAGUGCUGCCUGAGGGUGGUAGUGCUCCGAGCACCGCGCUGGCCGCAGUGGUUUGCCUCGGUCAGGCGAUCUUGUUGGAAGGGCCCAUGAAAGCGCCGCCCCAGCGCUGUUGGGAUCUGCUGGAGCGGAUGCUCGCAUGCUUCCCGGUAUGCCCGCCACCCACAGCGAAGAAGGUUGAAGUUGAGAAGGAGAAGGAGGACAGAUAUCUGGAUUCCGCCCCUGGUCUUCAAAACUGGUGGCUCUCGGGCGAGCGGCUGGAGCUGUCGCCGGUGGAGCGACUGGGGCUCUUCGAUCAGAGCAUGGCCUUGGUCCGGUGCUUGGCGAUGGCCGAAGCACAGAGCGCCGUGCCGCAUUAUCGUGGCCACCUCCUGUUGCCCUUGCUGCCCCACUUCCACGAGGGCAUGCAGAAACUCACCUGGCCUGCCCUUGGUGGCAAGAAGGCCGGCGAUGUCGUCCUCAUCUCCGACGCCCCUGCGGCACCCGCCGCGGCGGGAGCCGGAGCCGGCGCCGCGCGGCCGACGCUGCUGCGGACGACCUCUGCAGUGCAGGAGAGCUGGGCUGAAGCAGCACAGAGCCUCAGGCAGAUCGCGGGGCGCUUGACGGUGCAUGGGGAGGAGCUGAAGCGCAAUUGCCAGCAGAACGUCGAGUGGAUCAAGGCGAUGUUGCCCUUGAGUGAUGAGGUUUCGGCAGGUCUCUUGAAGGAUGCGGAGCUUUCGCUGAUGUUCUUCGAGCCGAAGAUCGAGGAGUGGCGCGCGGGGGCGCAGGAGGCGAUGAUUUGGCUGCAGAAGGAAGACGAUCGACAGAAGGAGUGCCUCGCGCAGUCGCGCAGCCUUCGAGGGACUCCGGAGGAGGUGCCGGAUUCGCCCAACACGGCGGCCGUGCAAACGCGCUUGGAAUCCGAACACACGGUGCACAGCAUGGCGCGUGCGGGUGAAGCCGUGAUCUUAUCUGUCACAGGUGGUUUACUCUACCUCGCCCAAGCGGCCUCGGGCAAAUCGGCACCUACAUGGCUUCAACAGGGCGAGUCUGGCUUCCUGGAUGGCAACAUCGACACGGCCAAACUGGGUGAGCGUGCAGUGAGCUUGGGCAGCUGUCAAGAUGGUAGCAUUUUGGUGGCGGACACCUCCAACCAUCGCAUCCGCCGAAUCAAUGCGGCCCUCACGCAGAUCGAGACUCUGGCGGGCAGCGGCGUGAAAGGUCAACGGGAUGGCGCUGUCCUCCUUGCGACCUUCAGCGCACCUGUGGCGGUGCUGGAGACACCCUCCGGCAUUCUCGUCCUGGAGGAAGCACAUCCGGGGACGGUUCGAGUGAUCGAAGGAGGCCUGGUGGAUUCCAUCGCGUUACCCAUGGGGCGACACAACAUGAAGGAGGCGGCUGCACUGACCCUCGACAGUGCUGAGGGUCAUGCGUACUUGGCGCACUCCGGCGCUGUCGUCCGGGUCUCCAAGAUCGAAUGUUCUUGGAAGGCGGAAUCGGUGCUGGACUUGAAGGGCAUCACGGGACUCACCCACAUGCGGAACCCUGAACACCCCGAGUCCUAUGGCUUCUUGUUGAGCCGUAAGGACUACCGACUGGGACUCUGGGAUUCCAAGGGAAAAAGCUCCGUGGUGGCGGGUCAGGCCAUGAGCCGUGGCCAGGUAGACGGUCUGGGCGCCGAGGCCCGCUUCUCAGCAUUGGGUCAGCAGCUUGUGCUGAGUGAUGGCUCCCUGUUGGUGGUGGAUGGGAAGCUCGUUCGACGCCUGGUGAUGAAAGCCUUGAGGCAAUCGGAGGUGGCACGUGCUGCCCAGACCUUGGAGCACUCAGCGUCCUUGGCGCAACAACGAGCCUCGCGCUUGAGGGCAGCCUGGACCGAGGUUCUGGAGUUGCUUGGAGGGCCUUUGAACACCGUGGCAGCCACCAGGCGCGCGCUCUGCGAGGAACGCUUCGACCAGGAGUUGUCCCGCGCCGGCAAGGAGGCGCUGGCCUUCAGCGCGGAGCUGCUGAGCAUGGCGCCGUCGCUCUCCUGCGCGGAGAAGUUGAUGCGGAUGACGGGGGAACGGUUGACGCAGGACUUGCAAAUCAAGUUGACCAGCUACUUCUGGCCACCUUGCGUGCAGUCAGAAGGGAGACCCUUUCAGCACAAGGACCUGGAAGCUUUGCAGCGCAUGGCAGCAGGCGGCUUCUUGUCCAUGGAGGCGGCGGUCAACUGCGUUGAUGGAGUUUGGUUUGCACGGCAGGUGGGCUUUAUGCCAGCUCUGGUGGGUCUCUUCGAGACCUUGCGCAGUUGCUUCCCGGAACGCCCGAUGCAUCUCUGCAUGGUGCGCUGGGCGCUGCGGCGCUACGUCCGCAGCAGCUUCACGCGCAUCGCCAAGGAGCUGCAAGACCGUGGUGCGGAUGAUCCAAUGCUCGCAGCGGCCUUCGCUCAGUGGUUGAUGGACACCCUGCGGCCCCUGGACCAAGAGCUUCGCGAUGGCGGCUCUGGAGGACUUCCCUGGUUGUUGGAGGAUCUGCUUUUGGAGCACCUCAUCGGAGAUGGCAUCGAGCCCCGUGGCUGGUUCCUCCAACAGCAUCGCUUGGCGGAUCACUUCGGCCCAGAGCUACGCAAGAGCUUGGUGGUGGCGCUCCGCCGGGUCGCUUCUGAGCUGCCACUGCGGCGGGUCAUCGAGGCCUUGGGCUUGACGGACGAGGAGCAGAACGUGAGCCGAGCUCAGGCAGAGUUGGUGGCCGUGGCCUUGGAGAUCUCCUUGGAGCCCAAGAAGAAGCCCGAGCGGCCCGAGCACAUCCUGCCGGGUACCGCAGGCGGAUUCAAGGAGCGAAAAGAUCUGAAGGAGGCGAAGGAUCCCAAGGAGAUGGAACUGCUGGACGUGCUGAAGUUGGAUUUGUUGUCCUGGUCUCGAGUGCUGCGUUGGUUUGAUCAGGCGCAGGAGCAGCUGCCCGAAGAUCUGCAGAAGCGCUUGGCCAAGUGCAUCGACCCCGUUGGAAAGAUCGGGAUGGAGCUGCUCGCGACGGCGUGUGAGAAUGGCACGCUUUCGAUCACCGCCGUGACCCAGCUGGCGGGCGCCGACCGCCGCGCCGACGGCUGCGAAGCCCUGGAGAUCGCGGGCUACGUGGCGGCCUCCGACGCCUUGCGAGGAUGGCAAAGUCGUCUUGUGGAAGGAACUGGGACACUGCAAAGCCUCGUGGAGACCUGCAAGAGCUUGUGGCCUGAGGAUCCCAAGCUCUUGAUGGCUAUUAGCCGAGCCAAAGAGGUUUGGCCGGAGCUGCCGGUGAAGGGCGCUUUGUCCACACUCAAUGGCGAGGAGACGGGCUACUUCCCCCAGGUGCCGGUCGAGUUGCUCCGUUGCUCCAGCGCACUGGCGCUUUUGGGGCAGAGUGGAGCCUUUAAGGCGCUCUGGAAGCAACACGAGGUUGGCACCUUCAAGGAAGAACAUCUGAGGUCCUCUGCACAGCAGUGGGCUGAGAUCUACCGAUCCCUUGAGAAGCCAGAGGGCUCCAGCUUGAAGCUCUCGCAGUUGGACCAAGUCCUUGAGAGGCUGCAACACCAAGCAGAGCUUCGCUUGAUGGCCGUGACAGGCUGCCCGAGCACCUUGGAGACCUUGACCUGGCAAGCCUUAGAGGACCCGGGCACCUGGGAGGUGCAAGCGCAGCAGUUGGCCCAGAAGCUCUGGCACAGCUGGUCCGUGAAGAUGGCCUUGAAGGGACUGAAGAAGACCCUCGCCUCCCUACAAGAGAUGCUCCUAGAUGAGACCGGGAAGCAGGAUGCUGCAGAAGUCUUGACCGUUCUCCUUCAGUUGGAGGAACAUUUUGCACGUUGGGAGUCCACGCCGUUGAAAGACUCUGUCGAGAUGACCAAAUUAUCUCAAAAGAUCGACCCUCGCCUCUUGAUGCACUCGCAGGAGUUGAUGACAUCGAUUUUUCAAUCCUUUGACCUUCUGCAGUGGCUUCGAAAGAUGCCGGAGGACGCCGACUACCUGGUUCGAGUGGAGAUUGCCUUGGGGCGCUCCGAGAUGGAAGUGCCAACGGAGCUGUGGCUCUCCAACGAAGGCCGAGUGGACGAGAGCAAGCUGUCGGCGCUGACCGCCGUGCGCACCACCUUGCAUGAGCUCAUCUACCGCCCGGCCAAACGCUUCGCCUCCCUGGAUGCCUUGCUGCUCUCGCUCUCUUCCUUGGAGAAUUCCUCGGAAAUCGCAGGCUUGGUGCAUGCCUUGAACUUUGCCAACUCGAUGUACGCACCUUUGUCGGAGCUCUUGGGUGGCAAGGACGCGGCGCUGGCGCGGAUGCUCCAAAUGUUGAAGCCAACGAGCCAUGCGCGGUGGGUGAUGUCCUAUCCCAGGGAGAUUGCACAGCACGUGCCGGACCAGGAGGGCGAAAUGGAGGAGGAGGCCCUGGCAGAGAUCCCUGCCGAAGCGCGCUUGCUCUACUUGCUCCUUAACGAUCCAGGCACGUCGCAGAAGUCGCAGCCGCAGCGGCUGGUCGAGAUCUUGGAUUUCCAGGCUGCGGUGACGUUGGCUGCGAGCACGUCGGAUGCGGCGUUCCAGCAGGUGGGCACCUUCAACGAACAGAUUGGCCUGGUACGCUUGGCCGUGACGGUCGUGGAGGAUCUGCGGGUCACCGGGCAUCCCGAGUUCCAGGAAUUCCACUUGGAGUGGCUCUUAUCCAUGGCCCUGCAGCAGAUGAAGCACAAGUUGAACGAACUUCGAGAUCGCCAGGCCAACUGGCACAGGAAGCUCACGGAGCUACGCCGGAGCCACCCGGUCUUAGGCUUCUUCGCCGCGCGACAGCUGGGUGCCUUGUUGCGACAGCUGCGCCAGGGCGGUGAUGCUCAGGUUGCCGAGGUGUUGGCCGCCGUGGCCUUGACCUGGUCCUGGCGAGGUGCAGAUGGCAGUGCCUGGGCGAAGCGCUUGGCGCAGACGGGUGGCUGGACUGUGGAGGUGCAGGAGGGUCCCGCUUUACUGGCACAAGAUGCUGAGAGCUUGCAGAAGCUGGCAGAUGCUUUGCAGGCCACAUGGCCUGGCGCGACCGCCGCGGCCACGGCUACAGCGGCCCCGACGGCAUUGGCGGAGCCCUUCGAGUGUGGGCCAGGGGCACAGGUGGUUCUCGCCCAAGAUGUGAAGAUGGCCACUGCCAUGGUGCUUUGGCCCUUCCUUUCGCUGAAGCGACGUCCACGGCCGCACGAAGUGCUGCUCUGCCAUCCGAAGUCCUCCACGGAGCAGAUGUUGUUGCUACUCCUGAGGUGGUGCCAGUCCUCGGAGGGCUUCUUUUGCUUGCUCCUGCCCGAAAGCAGCUCCUUUGCCGCCCAACAGACCAUUGUCCAAGCGGUGCAUGAUGCAACAGAUGAGGGUGGGCCAUUGCCCAAGCCGCGCUGCCCGUUGAUGUUGGUGAUCUGUGGCGCUCAAGCUGCCCAGGCUCAGGUGGCCACGCAGCUGAUGGCACACCGCGUGGAGCUGCGACCACCGCUGGAGCUCUUCGCACAGGAGGUGGCUCCAUGGCUCUUAGCAUCUGGCGACCGAGAAGAACUCGGGAUCUCAGUGCACGUGGGCCCGCAUUGCGGGUGUGGCAAGACCUUCUCCGUUCGAAUGACGGCCAAGGAGGCCGACUGUGACUACGCCACGCUGAAGCUUACGGCCUCCAUGGGCAUUGGAAAGCUCAGCCAAGAGCUUCGCACUGCACUCGCGCAGCGAACGGUCGCCCCAGGUGAGGGGACGCCCUGGGCGCCGCCGGGCACUAGACGAAAGCAACUCUUGCACCUGGACUUGAGUGCUGGUCAGCAACUCUUGGACUCGGAGGCCUUUGCCGUGGCACUCCUCGAACUUCUGGUCUUGGGUCGCCUUGGCCGAACGGCUGCCCGGACACCCCAAGCGAUCUUCGAACUUGAGAGCAGGGUCCGUGUGGCUUUGGAGCUGCCCGCGGGCGCCAGUGCGGACGGCUGGCCCCGUGCGCCGCUGCUGGGGUGGCUGCCCGUGGUGAGCUGUUCCUCCGAGGCCGCCAGCUUCCGCGCGGACGAGGCGUCGCUGCGCUUCGGCAUGGGCGCGGCCUUUGCCUCGGCCAGGCAUGAUGGAGUCAAGGAUGGAAGUCCUGCAAAUGCUUACCGGCGCCUUCAGUUCGUGUGCGGUGCUUUGGCCGUCUCCAAGCGUCUCAAGGGCGCCUUUCCGCUGCACUUCCGCGCGAACGACCUCACCGAGCUGUCGGGCGAGACCUGCUACCAGCUGCUGGUGGAGACGGCGAAGCUGCAGCUGCGGCCCUCCUUGUGGAACCUAUGGGCCUUUGUGGAUGUGCUGUACUGGCAGCUCAAGGAGGUGCAUCAUCCCGAGUCCGUGGCCAAUCAAGCCUGUCUUCCGGAGGAGGGAGCUCCCAUGGAGAAGCCCUUGGAUGAGAUUCAGCCUGAGGAUUGCCCCAUCUUCAAAGGCGAGUUGAUUGCCUUCAUCUUACGCACGGCCCGGGAUUUCGCCACCCGGCAGACCAAAAACAACGAGGUGGAUCCGGAGACGGUGGUGGCGGCGGACUUGGUCAACUUUCACCAGGAUCGCUUCUGUGGUCGUUGGCGGCUGCAGCCCUUCUCCAGCGACGGCCAUCCGGUCUUCUCGCGCUUUGACAAGUCGGAGAAAGGCAGCGGACAGUUCUUCCUCUACUACCGGGCCGCCCAGAAGAUGUGGACCAUCGACGCAGAGGUGGAUAAAGUGGCGCCGGCCUUUGCGUACACUCGGAAUUCCAACUACAAGAAGGGCUGGUGGCGUAUGGCAUCUUGGGUGGUCAACAAGGGCAUGCGCGUGCUGACCGCGGAGAAUGUGCUGGGCUUUGGGUGUCAGGCGGUGGUUGUCUCGGGGGUCGAUGAACAGCUCACGGGAUCCCCCGAGGAGUACCUGGUACCGUUGAACGGCACUUACCUUCGACAACCCAAGGAAGACGAUGUGAAUGGACGGGCGCAUUAUGUUUUGGAGAAACCACGGCGUCACCUCUUCUUUGACGUCGGUAUGGAUUGCUGGUGUAUUGCACACAUUUGUCAUUCCGACGAGGGUGUCUAUGCCAAGUCGUGCAGCAAGACACUGGUCUCUCAAUAUUUGACCAUGGGCGUGGAUCAGAAGGUGCCGGAGGCCAUGGUGACGUUUGUGACCGCUGGGCAGGAGGCCACUGCCACCACCAGGCAACAAGAAGAGGCGGAGGGCGAAACCGACUUCCCUCUGCUGCGAUGGGAGGAUAGCAGCCACGAUUGCAUGCUCUUCUCGAACCGUCAGCACCAGGUUUGUUUCCUGUCCUCGCAACCUUCAAGGCUGCGUAUCUCGAUGCACCCUGGGCUGCUGCAGCUUUUAGAGCGAAACCGCGUCUCAGUGGGCGAAUCACUGGAUGCCUUAUCAGCGGACCACACCAAAGUCUUAGGUUGCCUUACCGGAGUGAACCGGACGCUCGCAGACGCGGCCACCCUGCUGGAUGGGAAGUACUGCCUCACAGGUGAUGCGGUGUUGAAGAUGUUGGCGAUCUUCGUGCGCAUGCGAUGUGGUCUCCCUGUGAUCCUCAUGGGUGAAUGUGGCUGUGGCAAGACGGAACUUGUCCGGUACUUGUGCGCCUGGAUGCGUUUGCCCUUGCUCACGCUCAAUGUGCACGGUGGCACCACCGAAGAUGACAUGGAUCAGGUCUUUCGGGAGGCCAGGACGAUGGCGGAGGAGGAAAGUGCCAAGGACGGCUUGGUGGUCUUCUUGGACGAGAUCAACACCUCUCAGCAUGUGAACAUGCUAUGCGAGGCGGUGCUGGAACGCUCCUACCGUAGCUGCGCCUUGCCGGAGACGGUGACGGUGCUGGCGGCCUUGAACCCGCGCCGGAAGCGGCCACAGGCCCAAAUGACGACGGGCUUGGUCUAUGGCGCGGGUGGUGCAGAGGAGGAGAUGUCCAGCUUGGUGUACCGAGUUCACUCGGUGCCCGAGACGGUGAACGACUUCCUCUUCGACUUCGGAGCGCUGACCAAGCGGGCGGAGGAGAUGUAUAUCCGUUCCAUGGUGCAAAAUUGCUGGCCUGAAAGCCCAGACCGAGAGCAGGUCUUGGUCACCAGCCUUCUGGGCCUGGCUCAGGACUUCAUCCGGUUCCACGAGGGCGACCCGUCGGCGGUCUCCUUGCGCGAUGUGAAGCGGUGCUUGCGCGUGGCCAAGUGGAUGCAGGAGCGCUUUGCCAAGAAGAGCUCCACCGGAUCACCCCACGCGCCUUCAGUGGUAGUAGCCGUGGCCCUGGUGUACCACUAUCGCCUUCCAACCCGCGAGAGGCGACACCAGCUCUGGGUGGAUCUGACGCGACGGAGCUUGUGGCCGCCGGAGAGUGGCGUCAUGAAGAACCGCGGCUGGGAGCCGCUGAAGAAGACCAAAGAGGAGAACGGGCUCACAGUGACGUGGCGGCAACGACUUCGGCCAGUGAAGACAACAGGGAAACCUCAACUGGAACGUCGUGAACGCCGGUCAAAGCAGAACGAUACAGCAGAGGCGAAAAAUAAGGGCAUCCACACGGUUCAGGUGAUUCAGUCGAUGGAGAAUCUGCUGCUGCGGGUACAAGCGAAUGUGGCCAAAGAGUUUGAAGUCGAGAAGGAUGUCGUGAUGAACGAGGCCCUCUCAGAGAAUGUCUUCGUCGGGCUCUUGUGCAUCAUGAACCGUAUCCCUCUCUUCAUCGUUGGCAAGCCAGGCACCUCGAAGACCCUUUGCAUGCAGGUCUUGCUGAGCAAUUUGCAGGGCAAGCAGUCCAAGUCCAAGGUCUUGCAAUCGCUACCUGCCCUACGCAUCAUGCAGUAUCAGUGUUCGCCGCUGUCCACGGCCUAUGGAAUUCAGCGUCAGUUUGAUGCAGCUGGACGCUUUGCAUCCAAUGCGCUGGAUGCCCAGGUGGUUCUCCUGCUGGAUGAAGUGGGACUGGCAGAGUUCUCUCCGGACAUGCCUCUGAAGGUCUUACAUGGCAUUCUCGCUGAACCGGGCACAGUGGCUGUGGUAGGCCUCUCCAAUUGGCGCUUGGACCCCGCGAAGAUGAACCGCAGCGUGUGCUUGGCGCGCCCGGACCCCGACAGUGCGGAGGUCGGACGCACAGGUGCCGGGCUUCUGAGUGAGCUCAGCGACGACAAGACGAAGAAGGAUGCGCCAGCCUGGCUUGCAAGCCUGUCUGAAGCCUUCUGGAGCGUUUUUGCAGAUCAAGGUGCCCGGGACUGGCUGGGCAUGCGCGACUACUACGGCUUCGUGCGUGCCGUACGGGACGGGUGCCUGCGGGCGAAGACGGAGCAGCCCACUCAUGAGAUCUUGUCCUUUGCGAUCCAACGGAACUUCGGCGGACAGCCAGUGCUGCUGGAACGGAUGAUGCAAGCAAUGUUGCCGGCAGGAGCUGGUGAAAUGGCUUAUCCUCUCACCGAGCUCUUGUCCACCAGCUUGGCCGACAGGAAAGCGCGACACCUUUUGCUGGCCAGUCAGGGGCCCGCUUUGCCAUGGCUGCAGGCGGCCUCGGUGUUGCCGAAGGAUGCGGAGAUCUUGUUGGGGAGCGAUUUCCCAGAGGACGCCUUGGAGGCCUAUGCCAUUCGACAGCUCAUGCGCGUGAGAGAUGCCAUGGCCAAGGGAAGAAGCCUGGUGCUUUACGGAAUGGAUGUGAUCUAUGAAGCCCUGUAUGAUGACGUGCUGAACCAGCGCUAUGUGCGACGUCGGACCGAGGACGGGGAGAUCGAAUUGAUGCUCCGCUUGGCCAUCGGCGCUCGUUCCCAGCUGUGCCCCAUGGCCGAGAGCUUCAAGCUGUUGGUCUUGGUGGACCAGGAGCAAGCGUUUAAGCAAUUGGAUGUGCCAUUCCUCAAUCGCUUCGAGAAGCAGCUGGUCCAACCUGUGGAUUUGCUGCCCCCCGACAGGCGUUCAGCCCUGGCAGAGUUGGACCUCUGGUGCCGAGCGGUGGCUUUGGAGGCCGCCUGCGAGGUGGUGCCCGGUGGCCUGGCGAAGCAGGGCGCCCUGGCGGCGCUCAUGUUGGCCAGGCCGACGGCCUCCCUGGAGGAGCUGCAGCGUUGCAUCUUCGACAUGGCGCUGCCCUUGGCCGUCUUUCGCUCCAGCAGCCUGCAGCAGAUGCAGCGUAAGGAAGAGGAAUACUUCGAGGUGCGCCGCAGCAUGGCCGACGCCCUGCGCUACGCGCAGACGCUCGGCACGCUGUGCGAGGUGGCGACGAGCUCGCCGAUGGCUCACAUGCCACCGGUGCGAGAGCUGGCAGACGUGGGAGGCACGGAGAUCAUCCCGGUGGCGCAGCUGAGCGGCUCGCAGCAACUGGAGGAUAUCUUGGAGAAGUUUUUUCUGGAAGCGGAAGCGGACGCCACGAAGACCAGGAGCCUCGUGUUGCAAUUGGACGCUCUCAGCAGUGUAUCCAGGUUGUCGUUGACCAGACAUUGCUGUACAGUGGCUCGCGCCAGGCACCAAGCUGCACCCAAUGCGCACGUCUUCCUGGUGCAGCAUCGCGCUGGUUGGAGUCCGGAGCACGGUGCGACAGGAUACACCUGGCAGCCGGAGCUGGGAUGGAAUUCCAUCUUUGUGGAUGACUUGCAAGGCGAAGGCCGGGAGACUGGAGAAGGUUCUGCCUUGGUGGGACAGUCAUUGAAGGACUUUCUUCAACUCUCUGUACAUGAUCUCCAACAGAAGAAUCGCAUCCCUUCCUUGGCGCAGAUCCUCUUGCGCCGUGGCAGCAGUUGCGUGGCCCGCUGUGUACAACCGGGAGUGAACUUGGAGUUCUUGGCGGAGCGCCUACGCGCCGUGAAGAAGGCGCUGGAGGAGUUGCCAGCCUUCCGCCAGGCGGUGGAGGCCUUAGCGAUGCUGGUGCUCUCUCAGUGGACCUCCUCCAGUGGCCUCCACCUGCACGUGAAGCUGGCGAUGCAGGAGAUGCGCUUUGGUAGCCUCAGAAAGUCAGUGUGGCUCUCCAUCGAACGCUUGCAGCUUUCAGCGCUCACGCACGCCCUGCGGUGGAUGGACCGCGACUUCAACCUGCGGCACGUGACGCAAGCGACGCCCAAAGCCUUGCGCUUAUGGUUAGCCUUGGUGGCCAGCUCCAGCCAAUCAGCUGCUCAGGUCAUGAGCGCCGCCUUACGUCCCGGUGCCGCACUGCAAGGGCCGGCACCCGUGCCCAACUCGGGCCGCUUUGGGCCGCUGGAGUGUCGUUGCCCCUUCUCUGCCCGCAUCUUGACCCAGUGCGCUGCUGUCGCCAGCAAUGUAGAAGAACGAGACCCCAUACGACUGCAAACGCUUUGCACGCAGAUCUUUGGUGAGGAGGCGAUGAAGGCCUUCAAGGACUUUGAGGACACAGAUCCAGGUGCGUUGUUGCAUGAUGCUGUGUCCAUUUGGGCGCCAAUCUAUCCCUUCUUGAACUUCGAGCUCAUGCUGAAGGUCUACACAUUAGCCUUUCAGAACAAAGCUGGUUCGUCUCCCUCGCAGUCUCCACUGGAGUUGGUGGUAAUCUUUCAAUCCUGCAAACAAUUGGUCCAAAGCGUCUGUUCGGUUCUCUCGUUGGUGGAGUCCAGCUUUGGAGAGGGGGAGGAGAAUGAGGCCUCGUUGCGGAUCUUGGACUCGGUUCAUGGCUCCUUGCCUGGCAGCUUGGUGCAAGCCGUUGGCACCUUACCCGCCACCGCGGAGUGGGUCGACCGUGCACAGCCUCACGUGCAGAUGUUGCUCUUCCUGGGCUCCACAGACGAUGUCCUUUCGAUGGCGUCCGCCUGGUACCGACUCCGACUGAAGCUGCAGUUCCAGUCGGUGCUCGGGGAGGAGCGUGUCAAGGACAUUCCACCGAUCUCCUCGGCGCAGGAGUUGCUGACGCAGGACUUUUGGCGUAGCACUGUGAGUUCCUUGCGGGACAUGACCAGGAUGAGCCAGGAGCCAGCGAAGAGCAAGGAAGAUCAGACUGCAGAAGCAGAGGUGGCGCGGGCCUUUUGUUCGGGCCUGGCGUUGCUGGAAGACCUCCUGCGGCUCCCAACGGCCCUGGCAGCCCUGGAGGCCUCAGGUUUGGCUGAGGUCGUUUGGUCCUCUGUGAUGCAAGAAGAUCCAACCAACUUUCACCUGCAGAGGCUGCCCACAGAGUGUGCCAAGUCCUUGUUGCGCUGGCUCCACUUGGACCCCGUGAGCAAGGUCUUGAAGUCGACCACCUUGAAGUCGAAGACCUUACGACUCUACAUGAACUUUCUCGAGGACGUGCUUGAGUUGGACACUUGCAGAGACAAAGACAUCGCUGAGGUUCAGACCACGAGAACAUGCUCUCCGAAUCUUCUUCGUGCUGCUGUACGUUUGCGUCGAAGCCUUUGCCACUAUGCAAACAGCCUCGUGGGCUCUGGCGUACCACCACCGGCGCCGGCGGAGCUACAAGAGCUGCUGAAGAGGAACAAGUCAGCUGCGCUGUUUGUGGCCAAGGCCAUUCGCCGCCGAGGCGGCGAUUUGGAGCUGUGCCGCCUGGCCAUCGUCCAUGAAGGUGCAUUGCCAUGGUUUCCUUUGAACCCGGCGCGGCUGCCGAACCUGUCGAACGACCUGCCAGAUCCGUUUGUGAAUUUGCUGCCGAAGUUGGACGAGACCUUGAAAAGGUACAAUGCCCUUUGCAGUGCUGCAGGGCUUUGUGCGAGCUCUCCCAACGACCAGGCUUUCAAGGAGGCAGUGGCUCGGGCGCUUCCCGGCGUGGCGAGCGGGCGGAGAACCGCCAUGGUGCUGGGCGCCAUUACGUCCCGCGUCUUGUUGAACCGCCAGGUGGCCAUCGAGGAAGGUCUGCGGAAGCUGAAGGAGUGGACCACGGAGAGUCUGAAUGAGGAGACCAAUGUGAGCAGGAGGAGCAAGCAGGCGCUCGUUGACCGAAUGUUUGCUGGCACUUUGCUCCCACACGUGAAGGACGGACUUGGCCGUGGAAGAUCCUGA